AGGUUAUGCUGUCAAUUAAAAGACGCAGAAGAUUGUCAAUUCAAAUUGUUACAUGCACUAAAAUAUAUAAUUUUAGUUAAAUUAAUAUAUUUACAUUAUACACAUUUUAUUGUUGUUUAUUUCAUAUUGUUAGUGUUUUCAUAUAUUUAUCUGUGAUAAAGAAAUUUAGUUUAUAUUAAAUAUUUAUAUUGUAUAUAUAAUACCUUAUAUGCGUUUAUGUAAUUUUUGAUUCUGCAUCAGUCAGUUGUUAUAGAUUAAUUUACAAUUUUAUGGCGAUGAUAUAGUAAACUAUUUAAAAACAAGUUAACUUCCAAUCAAUUUACAUUAGAAGUUAUGGGAAAUAGUGAAAAUGCAAUGAUUGUCGACGAAUUAAGUCCUAUUGAAAAUCUUCCCGAUGAUUGUUUACGGAUUAUUUUCCAGUAUCUUCCAAUUUUCGACAAGAUUAAAAUCGAGAGCGUUAGUAAACGAUGGCAACGACUCAGCAGAGAGUCUUGGUAUUUAUUCAAGAGUCUUGACAUGUCAAUUCAAAGUUGGGGCGUGACAUGUAAAACACAAAUUGACAAUGAAAUUUUAAGUAAAGUUCUUAGUCGUUGUAGUCAAUAUAUAACAGUGGUUAAUUUUGCGAAAAAAAGUUUCCCUCCGUCUAAAAGGAUAUUAUUUCCAAAUUUCAAUUCGACGACUAUAAUAAUAAUUUGCAGCUCAUGUCCAAAUAUGACUUCCCUAAAUAUCUCCGAUUUGACAAUAUUAUGGGACAAUGGUCACAUUAGUCGUAUGAUGAGAUUUAUGUUUCUAAAUGCAUGUGAACGUCGAAUGGUUUGUGACGAAGCCGAUCAACGUGAAUGCGAAAGGACAUUUUGUCUUUGUAGAUUACAAAAUUCUAGUAUACAUCGAAUUAAAUCAAGACAAAAAGAAGAGAACAUGAUUUUAGAAUCAUUAAUAUCGUGUUGUCAGAAUUUAAAAGAAUUUGGCAUGAGAAUGUUCUUUUAUGAUGAGACAUAUUUGUGGAUCAAAUUAUUGAAGACAAUGACAAAUAUUAAAUGUCUUAGUCUCACGGAAUUUCCUGGUACACUUUUUGCAUAUUUAUCAUUCGAAACAAUUGAGGAAUUACUUUUGAAGGGAAAUGACGGAAUGUUUCCUGCACAUCUUAGCAAUAUUAUUACGAGUUUUAAAAAAUUAAAAACACUCGUUUUGAAUACUUCUCGCUUCAUCAAUGACGCAGGAAUGCGAAAUUUAUUGACUCAAGCUGGAACUUUGGAGAAUUUGGGACUGAUUCGUGAUUCGAAUUUUCUUACGAUCGAAGGUGUAAACAACAUUCCACGAUUUUCUAAUUUAAGAAGAUUAAAUGUCUAUGGAAACAAUUUAAUUGAUGAUUCCAUUCUUGAAGCUUUAGCUGUGAAUUGCGAACAACUUAUUUUUCUGAAUAUAUCAAGUUGCAAAAAAGUGACGGACAAUGGAGUACUGAGUAUUUCCACACUGCCAGAAUUGCAAUUUUUAAUAAUUUCCCGAUCAGUGAGCGUGACUGAUAAAUAUCUUGGCAAUCUUCAUCAUCUAAGGGUCUUGGACUGUCAACACUGUCCUCUAAUAAAAGACGAAGGUCUUUGUAUUCUUCUUGAACGUGCACGAGAUUUAAGAGUAUUAAUUCUAGAAGGUUGUAUACGAAUAACUGAAAAUCUUUUCGACACCGCUGUCGAUGUUAUCGAAUCUGGUUUUAGAAGAAUUGUUUUACACAUAAGCAUGAGCAUUCAUUUGGAUUUUGAUAUAAAAAAAUUCAACUACGCCUCACCAUUAUUGCGUAUUGUUAAAGAUGUCAAAUAUCAAGAUUCAUGUCCAAUGGAUUUUAAAAAUGAGUACUUCCCCGUCAAUGAUGAUAAUUACAUUUUUUGCGAUUUCCCAACUGAUGAUCAAGCAAUGUUAACAUAA